GCAGUCACAUUUUCCUUUCAUUCACACACAAAAAUGUCACCCUGUUGAUCUUUUCUACAAUGCAAGAUGGAGGAUUCUGCUUCAAGUCUUUGGACCAAUUAAGUUUGCUCAUUUGCUGAUUCGUUCUGUUUUUGCACCUUUUUUGGGGGGGUCUCUUUCUCUGUUUCUGCCCACGUGAAUCGGUGUGCCAAACACUGAUGUCAUUGUCCACCAGUGUGCCUUCACUGUGUGGGAUGAAAUGAGCGUUGAGUUAUAAUCCCGCAGUUUAAUCCCAACCACUCCCAAUCUGCUCUCUGCACACACCGGACGGCCUGAGAAACUCUUCCAGCAGGAGAGACCAGACUUGUCCAACCUUGAGCACAGGCAGAUGAUGUGAAGGGUAGAGGAGGACGCACCUCCGAGCUUCCAAGAGCCUAUAGAGCACAUCUGACAUUCAAAGGUGCCCAUCUGUUAAGGAAAAGAGAAUGUGAAGCAGCGGGAGAGACAGAGAGAUUAAAGAUGAUUUAUUUCUCUUGGGUAGGAGACAGUAAAUGAGGGAGUGAGUGGGAGGGGAGGGUGGUGGUCAGACGCAAACUAACUGGAGAGCAAGUCGUGCCAGAGCGGGAGCUGCGGUUAGUCCACCUCUGACGCUGCACCGACGAACCAUCAGUGGCGAGUCUUCGUCUCCUCAGCACCAAGCAGGAGCACACUUCCCGAUUUGGAUAAGGAGCUGCAAAAGUCACGCGCCUGCGAGUUUCUCCCACAAAACCGCGACAACUCAAGGUGAAUGCCGUCAUGCCAUUUGGAUGCCUUGCCCUGCGAGAUGGGCGGACUUACGACAACAUAUCUGAUGUCACUGACAAAUAUGAGUUUGGACAAAUCCUUCGAGCGAAGGAGUUUUGUGAGCUGUGCCUGGCAAAGGACAGACAAACAGACAAGGUGUUUGUCUGCAAGAAAUUCCUCAAGAAAGAUGGCAGGAAAGUCCGCAAGGCUGCCAAGAACGAAAUCAUGAUUCUGAAAUUGGUCCAUCACCCAAAUAUCCUUCAGUUGAUAGAUACGUUUGAAACACGCAAAGAAUACUUAAUCAUCCAGGAACUAGCCACAGGAGGUGAUGUUUUUGACUGGAUUCUGGACCAGGGAAAUUACACCGAGAGAGACGCUUCCAAUGUCAUCAGACAGGUCCUUGAGGCUGUGGCGUACCUGCACUCUCUCAACAUCGUUCACAGGAACCUGAAGUUGGAAAAUCUGAUGUACUACACAGAAAAUAACCAUAACAAGGUUGUCCUGCGAGACUUCUACCUGUCCAGAUUUGAGAAUGGACCCAUCACUGAGCCAUGUGGAACUCCGGAAUACCUGGCCCCUGAAGUGGUGGCUCGGCACAGAUAUGGCCGUCCGGUGGACUGCUGGGCUGUGGGUGUGAUCACGUUCAUACUUUUAUCUGGUAAUCCACCUUUUUAUGAUGAAACAGAGGAGGAGAACACUGAUCUGCACAACCGCAUCAUCUUCUGCCGGAUCGUUGCUGGGGACUUCGAGUUCGAUUCCCCUUACUGGGAUGACAUUUCACCUGCAGCAAAGGAACUUGUCUGUCGUCUAAUGGAGGUGGACCAAAUGCUGAGAAUCACAGCGCAAGAUGCCCUUGGCCAUGAAUGGAUUGCAGGGAAUGGUGCCUCAGAGAAGAAUCUAAAGGAUGGUGUCUGUGCCCAGUUUGAGAAGAACUUUGCAAAGGCCAAAUGGCGGGAGCUAAAGAAAGCAAUCCGUGUGACCACGUUCAUGCAACGACUGAAGAACACAGAGGCCCUAACUGACAGUUCGGCUGGAGUUGAAAGCAGUGCAGAGGCAGGAGAAGGUGAAGGGGGCAUCUCCCAGGGCACGAGUGAUGACGGAGAAAAAUUGACGAGUGAUGGAGGGGUGACAUCAAGCAGCGUGUCCUUGGAAGUUACAGUUGAAAACACAUCCACGGCCAUGAGUCAAGAUGAGGGCACCGUCAAAGUCAAAGAAAAACAGGAGACAGUGAAUAUAUCUGUUGGCCCUACUGUUGGAACUUCCCCGUCGGAUGUUCGGGACCCUAUCAUUCAGACUUGUUCCAUCCCAAAAACUACACAGGUAGAGCCUAGCAAGGCGGGCAUAAAGAAGGGAGCAGGGGAUGGAACCAGGAAAAUUGCUGCUAACUUUGGUCAAAAUAAAGUUGUUACCGAGGUCAAACAAACCUCGACAGUUUCCAGUGAUCCACAAAAGCAAGGAGAAAGUUUUUCAGGUAUUAAUCUUGAGCUAAAACAUGCAUCCACUUUGCCUGAUCCCAACAGCAAAUGUAAAAUGGCUGCAAAGGUUCAUGGCACACAGCCUACAGGAGCUGCUGCCGCCUCAAUAUCGCCAGAGAAAAGACCAGCAACCCAAAGCGUACAGAGAGAUGAAGGUGAUGGAAGCUGGUGUCAGACACAAGUGCCUGAAGCAGUGGCAGAGAAAUCAGUGGUCGUAACGAGUACCCCAUUGGUGGGGCCAGGGGCUGGGGCAGAUACUGGCUUGGGAGUUAGGCUAAGAGGUGAUGUUAGUCCUGCAAGCAGAAGGGAUAGGGAUGCCAAGAGAGCAGACAGAUAUAGUGCUGAGUUCAGCAUGGCCCGGACAGGAGCUGUGCCAGGACAGGGCUGUUACACUGCAGGGAGCUCUGCAAGUUUGGGCCGGCAUGCCACACCAUACAAUCCAGAGAGUGUAGGUGUGGGGUUAGGGAUGGGAGGAAGUUAUGGGAGCCCGUACACCCACUUGUACGGAAGUGGAGGAGGAGUUGGGAUGUAUGGAACAGGUCUUCACCACGGAGGAGGGGUAAGCAGUGCCACAACCGACUGGCAGAUGGACAGUGUGAUUGAGCAGAUAGAGAAACAAAUGGCCGCCGUACUUGAAAAGAUUGAGGGAGACAUGCCCUCACUGCUCGAGCAAAUAAGUGACUGUCCUGCUGAAUCCUUAUGUACCAGAAGCACACAUGCCUCUCCUUCCACUUCCCGCACACAUUCCACACAGCGCUCCUCAACUUCAGCAUCCACAACUCCUCCACCACUUCCCACAUCUCCAAGACCUGCUCUGCCCUCUCUCCCUCACCUUGCCAUCCCACCUCCUUCCUACCCUCCACCCUCACCACCCACACAAGAUUCACCACAUGCUGGUGGAGAAUCGGACGAAGGUGAGGGACAGAAAAGUGUCACUCAAACUAGCCAAUCACCCAAGGGUGGAUUUGGCCGUGGGCUUUGAGACAAGUGUCCAUGACAAAAUACACAAGAGCAAUUCUACUGGAGUAUUGGCUUUAGAGCUCAAAUAAAAAAAGGGAUUAAUACCUCAUCAAGAGGUAAAACUGAAACAAGAAAAGAACCCUCUAAAAUUGUAUUGUUUGGUUGUAAAUUCUUAACGAAUGACUGUUAAGGAGAAACCCCUCUUGUUGUUCCAUUGCUCCAAUAGCUGGGUUCAGAGUAGUAAAGCACAACAUCAUGUGAAAGUUGCAAACACUGGGAUUUCAAAAGCUUGUUUGUAUCUAAAACUUUGACUUGUUCGUGGAGGAUCAGAACAACAUAAAAUACAGUUGGGUUUUCCAGGAUUUCAAAGUUUUUCACUGAUAAGAGUCAAUAUUGAAAAAAAGAAAAAAAAAGAAUGGAUGUUUGAUUUUUCACUGUGUACCAUAGACUGCAAAUACAAUAUAUUCAAAAAAAAGUUCUUUCUUUUUUCUCAUUAAGUAAACUUCAUAAUGCCCUAAUUGCCAUAUACUUGUUUAAAGCAGCUCAUGAUGUGUCAUUAUUUUUCAACCCUUAAGUACUAUGUACUGUUUGGCUUAAAGUCAAGAGUUGUAGCCCUUACAGAAGGAUGAGCGUCUGAAAUGGUAAAGCAAUUAUCAACUGGUAGGUGGGAUUUUAACUUAAUUAAAUGUUAAACUUUAACUGUCAUUUAAAAGAAUUUUGAGUUGCUCUAAAAUUUUAAGAGAGCAAGAGAGAGGCAUUUGUGGCAAAACUAUGUAAAUAGGCAUCACAAAAGCACACCAAACCAUUUACAUUGUAUUUAAAAGAUGUAUGGCCAACAAACUCUGUUUAUAUUUUCCCUCUGUUUUGUUUACAUAUUUAUUUUGCUAGACUAAUAUAAAUUAUCCAUUCCUUUCUAUUACAUCCUUUUUAUCAUCCAACAAUGUAUUUAUAAAUUUAAUUCUGCUUUUUGAGUGUAUGUAUAAAAGCUUGUGUGCUAUUAUCCCAACUGACAGCAUUCUGCCCUUAUGUAUACUGUGUUGUCAAAUCUUUCAAUAAAAGACGUAAAAAAUUGUU